ACGGCGGGUACAAAACCAAGUGUGUGGAAAGGGACGUCACGAAGUUGAUCUAUUUCUCAUUGCAAGUUGCUUGUGUUGUCUUCCUCCCCGUCCUAGCAUCUCUCACUUCGCUGCAAGCGCCAUAGCUUAGCAGCAACUUCUUUCCUCUUUCGUCCUUGCGAGUCGUGCAUCCGGGAGGACUACUCUUAGCCGAGAAGAUGGCGGCGGCACGCAGUGCGUUUUUGGUGAUGGUGGUGUUGGUAGCGUCGGUCUUCGCUACCGCUAGCGCGGCCGAUCUCUUUGGCACUCUCCAGAGCGAUCAACGGUUCAAGGUCGUGGUGAAGGCCCUCCUCGACACACAGGAAGUCGACGCUCUCAGAGAUCGAUCCAACGGAUCAGUKCCGUUCGUCUUCAUCGCGCAGACUGAUGAGGACCUCGAAGUGGGCCUCGGAGCUGAUGGCCUGGCGUGCGUCACCCGGCCGGAGCACGUGAAGGACCAUAUGGUGCAGAUUCUGCGAUUCAUGGAGGUGGGYCCCUUGUCGCGUCCGGUGAMGACSRCAGCGGAUCUGYMSKCSGUUGCAGUCGACRRSAAACUGCCGACCAUCAACGGCAUGCCGAUAUUCGUGGAGCCGGCGACGGCAAGCGGAGUCAUCCUCAGGGGCGAUGCUGAGCAAGAGCAGUUCUCCGUAACGGUAGCGGAGGUGAGGCAGAUCAACGCGAACGUGUCUCUGGUCAUCGUUGCGAACGGUUUCCUUGUCCCCGCUCAAGUCGACGAGCAAAUCACGAUGGCCUGCUUCCCGUCCGCAGCRUCGUCGUCCUCCCCCGCAGUUCCCGUCGCCCCGUCAUCGAAGAAUGUCCCGAAGUCGAAGAACGCCCCGUCAUCCAAGGCUGCAGAGUCCGCUCCUUCAUCUUCGCAAUCCGCGCGUAGACAGAUGCUCCGUGGCUUCUGGUGGUGAGAGAGAGAGAGAGAGAGAGAGAGAGAGAGAGAGAGAGAGAUGGUGACGAAUUAGGGAACUCACUUGAUGGGAGGGUAGUUUUGGUGAUUCUGCAAACGUAUUCUGAUCUAUUUCCUGMACCGGAGUAAUYACUCGUAUAGGUAGAUGAAAARAUAAAUCCGAUUGCUUUCUCUCGCGCGAGUGUCCCAUCGUUAGGUCGCGUUCUGCGCUGACCGUCGAUGGAGUCUCGAGAUUGUGUUCGAUGGGACGCCGCGUAACGGGAUGCUUCAAUAACCGGGACGGCAAUGAUCAAGCAAUUUUCAAGAAGCCCUACGGGUUUCGAUGUGUGAAUAUUUGGAUCGAGGAGCGAAGAAGCGAAGAAGCGAAGAAGCGAAGAAAUUACAGCUAGAAGAGUGGCGAUGCCUGUUGUCUUCGUUUUGUCGUCCUCCUUGCGCGUGAGGCUGCGAGGUUUCAUUCAGAGUAUAUCCAGGGCAUGCUCCUCUGAUGUUUCUUUUUUUUUUCUGGAUGUAUUUAAUUCGACGCGAUUACGAUCGCAGUUUGUUCAAAACGUCUUCUCUUCGAGAAUGUAGUCGUUAUGCCGUGUGCUUUUCUUCUCGCGAAUAAAACUCUUGUUCACUC